AUGCCCAUCGUUCGUUGGAAAGGGUGGCAGGUCGACAGUGCUGACAUCGAGGCCGUGUCCGACGAUAUCAUCAAGCAGCACUUGCACGACGCGUAUUCGGACGGGGGGGACGACCACGUCGAUGAGACGGCCCCAGCACCGAUCGAGGGCGACGCACGCGAGGUCGAGGAGGCUCCAGCACCGAUCGAGGGCGACGCGGGCGAGGUCGGGGAGGCUCCAGCACCGAUCGAGGUCGACGGCGAGGACGUCGAGGAGGCUCCAGCACCGAUCGAGGACGGCGACGUCGAGGAGGCUCCAGCACUGAUCGAGGGCGACCAUGAGGUCGAGGAGGCUCCAGCACCGAUCGAGGGCGACCAUGACGAGGUCGAGCAGACUCCAGCGCCGAUCGAGGGCGACCAUGACGAGGUCGCUGCAGAGGAGGCUCCAGCACCGAUCGAGGGCGACGACGACGAGGUCGAGGAGGAGGCCCCAGCACAGAUCGAGGGCGACGUCAAGGGGGAGGCUCCAGCACCGAUCCGCGAGGGCCCUUCCUCGGAUCGCGGCUCAUUCUUCAGCGAUAGUGAGCCGACGAUCGGAUCCAACGAGGAGGGGGAGGAGAGCUGCGGGGGGGCAGCCGCGGCAUCGAGCGCUGCCGCCAGCAGCUCGGCCGCGAGCAGCUCGGGCAUCACGAUGCCCUUCGUGGCGGAGCUCAUGGGCCAGCGCGAGCGCCACAAGAUGAAGAAGGCGAAGAAGGAGAUGAAGACCGAGGCCGACAACGUGCUCACCGUCAUCCCGCCGAGCCUGGCCAAAGCGGAUGCGGCUGCUGGGGUGGAGCCAACGACGGUGCCAAAGGCCAAGGCGGUGGCGAAAGGCAAGGCGGUGGCGACUGCUGUGGCGAUCAAGCCAGUGGCGGUGCCAAAGGGCAAGGCGGCCGCGAAGGGCAAGGCGGUGGCGACUGCUGGGGUGAUCAAGCCAGCGGUGCCAAAGGGCAAGGCGGUGGCGAAGGGCAAGGCGGUGUCGACUGCUGGGGUGAAGCCAGUGGCGGUGCCUCAGGCCAAGGCGGUGCCGAAGGGCAAGGCGGUGCCGAAGCCAGGGGCGAGCGGUAGCAAGAGGAAGGCAUCGGCGGCGCCCUCGGCCUCGAAGAAGAAGGCCAAAGCUCAGGAUCCCAACCAGGAGGAGGAUGAGGAAGAGGAGGCUGGCGGCGCGUGCGAGGAGGUUGACGUGCAGGCUGCCGGCGAGGAGCCGAGCGCUGGCGUCGAGGACGCUGGCGGUGAGGAUGGCGCUGUGAUCGAGCUCACGAAGCCGCAGAACGGCUGGGAGGAGGUCUCAGACUUCUUGACGGCGGGCAUUCAGACCCUGAAUGACCACCAGGGCAUCCCCUUCCAGCUGCAGUACAGGAGCCGCGCGUCCGAGGGCUACCACACCAUCGCCUACAGGAACAAGCCGUUCCACCUCGAGGGCGGGUACUCGGCAUGGGCUCAGCUCAUCCAGGUGUCCAACAAGGAGUGGUCGGAGCAGCAGCUCGAGCACUUCAAGAUGGACAGGCGCGGCAUGAGCUUGUACGUGCUGAACAUGAUAUACUACUAUGUGGUCCAGAAGUCGACGUACUGCAAGGCGACCGCGAAGAGCAUCAGGAAGUACGUGCUGGCGUCGGAGAUCAGCGUUGGGG